UGUGUUUUAUUAAUUUAUUGUACUAAAGUUGAAUAUAAAGAUAUAUCUGUAAAAAGGCAGAAACCACAGAACACCAAAAGGCUGUCUUCAUACUAUAUAUCUUAUAGUUUUGUGUUUAACCAAUUACGCUCAGGCUAGAGAAGUAUAAAUAUCAAAUUUGUUUGUAUAGGUGCUUGAGGAUGACCCUAGAUAUUGGGAAGUGAUGUCAUCUGCACUCUCAGUUGGUUGGCUUGAUAUUGUGUUAGAGAAUGGGCUUGUGGAGGCAGUUGCUGUUCUUAUUUCCAAAAUGCCCCGCCUAUGUCAUGAAUCUACUAAUGGAAAAUUAGGUGAACUCUUUAAAUCCAAGCCUGGCUUCAUCAAGGUAAAGUUUGCAAUCCAAUACAUGCAAAGAGCAAUUCAAAAGCUUUUGGGUUGCACUGAAAAAAAUCCAGAAGAAAGGAAAGGGUGCUGCCUAAUUGUUCUAUUCUCAUACUUGUAUUUUGGAUGAGAUGGAAUGAGUCUUAUAAUGACUUUAGUUAUCUACAUGUAAUAUUUUGAUGUCUUGUGUACUUUUUGAAACGAGAUUUUACGUGUUAUUACAUGUAAUCGAUAUUUACACUAUUU